CAUGCACCGCUUGCACUACAAUACAUAUUUGACAAAUUUCUUGCUUGCACUCUCCUUCCAACAAACCACUAGAUACAUAUUUGACAAAAUUCUUGUUUUCCACUCCCAUUCUAACAAACCACUAAACUCCUUACACACAUAAUUCCCAUCCCAUGCCUAUCAUCGUCCCCUCCCCGAACUUCAUCCAAACAGGACCUUUUUCCUCCGAGCUCAAGGCCCAAUGGCGAAUAGCCCUCCCCUUGGCCGCCAUGAACUUCACCUGGUUUGCCAAAACCACCAUCACCACCGCCUUCCUUGGCCGCCUCGGCGAGCUGCCGCUGGCGGGUGCUGCGCUCGGAUUCACCUUCGCUAACGUCACCGGCUUCUCCGUGCUCAACGGCCUCUGCGCCGCCAUGGAGCCCAUUUGCGGGCAGGCAUUUGGCGCCAAGAACUUCAAGCUUCUCCACAAGACACUUGUCAUGGCCGUUUUCACUCUUCUUGCAGCUUCCAUCCCAAUCACCUUCCUCUGGCUUUACGUCGACGAAAUCCUCGUCUGCUUCGGCCAGGACCGCGACAUCGCCAUCGUGUCGAAAAAGUACCUAAUUUGCCUCAUUCCGGACUUGAUCGUGACUUCAUUCUUGUGCCCUCUGAAAGCCUACUUGAGCACGCAGAACAUCACCUUGCCAAUUAUGUUCGCCUCCGCCGCAGCCGUCGCCCUGCAUGUUCCUGUCAACGUGUGGCUCGCGAGGGCCAAAGGGCUGCAGGGAAUAUCGAUGGCGGUGUGGAUCACUGAUCUAGUGAUCGUCGUCGCGCUGGUGAUAUACGUCACGGCGGUGGAGAGGCGGAAGGGAGGGAAGUGGAAGGAGGGCGGGUGGUGGGAGCAGGGGGGCGAUGAGUGGGUGAGGCUGAUUAAGCUGUCGGGGCCGUGCUGCCUUAGCACGUGCCUCGAGUGGUGGUGCUACGAGAUACUCGUCCUGCUCACGGGCCGCCUCCCCGACCCGGCCCGGAAUGUGGGAGUCCUCGCCAUCGUGCUCAACUUCGACUACUUGCUCUUCUCGAUCAUGCUCUCCCUGGCGACCUGCGCAUCGGUUCGUGUGUCGAACGAGCUUGGCGCGAACCGGGCGGGGGCGGCGCGCAGGGCGGCGUACACUUGUCUGAGCGUCGGGGCGGUGGCAGGGCUGAUCGGCGGGGGGUGCAUGGCGGGGGCGAGGGGGGUGUGGGGCCCGCUGUAUAGUCAUGAUCGGGGGAUUGUAAGAGGGGUGAAGAGGACGAUGGCGGUGAUGGCGGUGGUGGAAGUGGUGAACUUUCCGCUGGCGGUGUGCGGCGGGAUAGUGAGGGGGACGGCGCGGCCGUGGCUGGGGAUGUACGCCAACGUGGGGGGGUUUUAUUUGGUGGCGCUGCCGUUGGCGGUGGUGUUGGGGGUGAAGAUGGGAGUGGGGUUGGGGGGUUUGUUGGUGGGGUUCUUGGUAGGGGUGGUGGCUUGUCUUGUGCUGCUUUUGGUGUUCGUCGGGAGGAUCAGUUGGGAGGAUGAAGCUAAGAAGGCGAGUGUGGUUUCUUGUGACACUGAUAAUAAUAAUAAUAAUAAUAAUGAUGGCGAUGAUGAUGAUAUUGGGAAAGAUGAUCAGAAUCAAGAAAACAAGAACGAUAGAGGUGGGUGCAAAUGUGAGAGUACGUGACAUGCCAUUAUUAAUUGUUUGUUUGUUAUUCUCGUUUGCCUAAUUCAUUGGGAAAGGGUAAUUGCAAUUAUUACAAAGACCAUUUUGCUUUUCAA